UAAGACAGGGAAGCUAAAAGCAGACGGGGUACGCCGUAUGCCUGCAGCUGCAGGAAGAUGUAUGGGAACAGACACACAGCUAUCCCUCCCAGAGAAGCGCAACGAAGAGUCACAGAAGCACUCCAAGUCUCAGAUAAGCUCUCCUGCCCUCAAUCCAUAAAACUCUUAGUCUCUAAGAGCGUGUGGCUCUGAUCUAACUCAGCCAGCCACCCCUCUCCGGUUUGCUUAAAAUAAACCUGUCCCUGUUGACUGUGAGGCUGCCCUUUGUGUUUCUCUCCUCUUUCUUUAAUUCUUACAGGGAGCAGGGCCCCUUCCUGGCUGAGGACACUCGGUGCUGUCCCCUCUCAAGGCUGUUUCCUCAUCUGACAAGGGGGUCUCUUGUGAGCCCCCCACCAAAUGCUGAACCUGCUGCUGCUGGCGCUGCCCGUCCUGGUGAGCCCGGCCCACGCGGCCCCUGCCCCGGGCCAGGCCCUGCAGCGAGCGGGCAUCGUCGGGGGGCAGGAGGCCCCCAAGAACAAGUGGCCCUGGCAGGUGAGCCUGAGAUUCCACGGCCAGUACUGGAUGCACUUCUGUGGGGGCUCCCUCAUCCACCCCCAGUGGGUGCUGACCGCGGCGCACUGCGUGGGACCGGACGUCAAGGAUCUGGCCGACCUCAGGGUGCAGCUGCGGGAGCAGCACCUCUACUACCAGGACCAGCUGCUGCCGGUCAGCAGGAUCAUCGUGCACCCGCAGUUCUACACCGUCCAGACUGGGGCGGACAUUGCCCUGCUGGAGCUGGAGGAGCCCGUGAACGUCUCCAGCCACGUCCACACGGUCACCCUGCCCCCUGCCUCGGAGACCUUCCCCCCGGGGACACCGUGCUGGGUCACCGGCUGGGGCGAUGUGGACAAUGAUGGUGGGUCCAGGGACAGCGGGAGGCUGGGCCAGGUGGGCACCAGGUCACAGUCAUGGGCCAGCUUCUGGGGUGAUGGGGUCCCUCGGGGCGGCUCAGGCAGGGGGAUUCUGGAGGCCAGGAUGAAUGGAGUGGGCGGUGGCGAGAGGCAGCAGGUGCCCUGAGCAGAGACAGUGAGUCCAACAGGCCUCGGUGCCCCCACCCCAGGGCUUGGGUAAGUCCCUUUAGCACCUCCGUGCCUCGGUUUCCCCUAGCCUGAAAGGGUGCAUCAACAGUUCGUACGUCACAGACUUGCUAUGUGGAGAGUGAAAUCACAAGGGGGUCUUGCUGGAAGGAGAGAGACGGGUGCUGGGAUGAGACCCGCCUGCCCUCCAUCCCUGUGCCACGGUCAGCUCAGGGGCCUGGGACUCCAGGUCAUGGCAGGUGCUGUGGGGGACUGGACGAAGCUCACUCUGACCCUCCAUGAGGCACAUUUUCACUUCUAGUAGGUCUUGUCCCCAUUUUAUCCAUAAUUCAGAGCAAAGC